UUACAGAGAUUGAUGGCUGUGCGAUACAAGUAGUGCAACCUGGAACACACACCUCUAUGAAAGAGCCUUCAUCGAUCACAGAGGACGGCGUAACAAGUUGGGGAAAAGUGCGGCAGUGGCUGGAGCCGGAGAAUUGAACAGACCCUCAUCCCUGGGUGCAAUGGCGAUCAGUGAGUUCACUGCCAGAGCUGAGCACUUGUAUGACGAGUGGCUCAAGGAUGCCGACCCCAGAGUGGAUGGCUGGUUCCUCAUGUCCUCGCCGCUGCCGCAGACGGUCGUCUUGCUGGCGUACCUCUACUUCGUCACGUCACUGGGGCCCAGGCUCAUGGAGAACCGCAAGGCCUUCGACCUGAAGCCAGUCCUCGUCGUCUACAACUUCAGCUCUGUGACGCUGUCUAUCUACAUGGUUUACGAGUUCAUCAUGGCUGGCUGGGGUACUGGGUACACCUUCCGCUGUGACCCAGUGGACUACCAUUCUCCACAGGGUCUGAGGAUGGUGCGAGCCUGCUGGCUGUACUAUUUCUCCAAAUUCUUUGAGUUGCUGGACACAAUUUUCUUUGUUUUGCGUAAAAAGAACAACCAGAUCUCGUUCCUCCACGUGUUCCAUCACUCAAUCAUGCCUUUCACCUGGUGGUUUGGAGUCAAGUUUGCUGGAGGUGGACUUGGGACCUUCCACGGCCUCCUCAACUGCAUCGUCCACGUCAUCAUGUACACCUACUACGGGCUGUCGGCACUGGGGCCAUCCUACCAGCGCUUCCUCUGGUGGAAGAAGCAUCUCACCUCCCUCCAGCUGAUCCAGUUCGUCAUGGUCACCGGCCACAUUGUACAGUAUUUCUUCGUGAAGGACUGCGGCUACCAGUUCCCCAUCUUUGUUUACAUCAUCGCCACCUACGGCAUCACGUUCCUGCUGCUCUUCCUCAACUUCUGGUACCAUGCCUACACGAAGGGCAAGAGGCUGCCCAAGGUGCUGCAGAAGAAGGACAAGGUGCCCGACAGCAACGGCAACGGGGUACACCACGACAAGGACGACUAGAAGAGGGCUGGCGUUCCAUCCGUGCGCGUCUACAUGCAGACAAUCUCUCUAUUUUUUUUCCCCUCUUGAAUCUCCCGAUGCCUUAUUUUAAGUUGCACUGCACGUUUUUGGUGAAGAACUGAGGUUUUCUAAGAGCCUCCCCCCCCCGGUCCCCCUCACCACCCCCAUGCAUUGCUGCUUUCAUUAAGGCACUCGCCCUCUUUGUUGUUUUUCGUUCCUUCCCUGUCGAAAAAAGAGAAUGAUACUGUAAAGGGGCUGUCUGCCAUGGCGGUAGCAGCCUGCCGCCUUCUCUCCAAACGAGUUGUUUUAUAUAUAAAAAUGAAGAGUUUUUAAUUUUUUGUAUAUUUUGUAAACUACUUUUUGUAUAUCUGAGGGGUGAAGAGGUUGGAAUGUUAAUCCCACUGAAAAAUCCUUUUUUUAAAGAGGGAAAAACCACUAAUGACGAUAAUUAACAAAUACCUACCACUCUUUUAGUUCUCUACACUGACUAAGAUCACAACUUCCGUGCUAUCUCUGAGUGCUCAGCGAAGAAUCACCUACUCCUCUCGUCAUCUCUGGACUAGCAUGCACCGACCCACUCUCUCCCUCAGCAAAGCCAUCACUCAGGGACUCUGGUGCCUCCACAGAGUUGUGUUGUGUCAGUGACUUGAGAGUAAAGGUGAUUUAGGGGGCGGGAGGCGGGUGGCGUGUUUGUGUGUCGCAUUCUUAGCUGGUUCCCCCUCAGGAGCAAGUGCAGCUGGUCACCCCCAGCCAAGGGCUCCAGUGUAGGUGGGCCGGUUUUGAUGCACAGGGCCCCCGUGUCCUUUUUAGCAUUGGUGUUGAGCCACUCCCGUGACAUGUUUACCCAGUGCCUUGUUGCCGAGCGGGAGCGAAUAAGCACACAGGUGUUGAAUGAUGGGGAGAGCAGAGCUGCCAUUGUCUAACUCGGCAACUUCCUCACCAAAGAAUGUUUUGUUACAUGUGAGGAUUUGUCUAUUGUCUGUUUUGUGUUUUGUUUUGUUUUUGAAAGUUAAUUUCCAGGAUGACUUGUUUUAUAUGAUGAAAUAAAUGUUGUAUAUCAGAUUUGAAUGUUAAAAAAAACAAGUUUUAUGCAUAUUUAUGACGUUCAAUAAAUGAGGUAAUUACAA